GACGGGAGCCUCUUUUGCAGGGUGCGCUACAGCCAGCUGCACCGUUGGAAUGAGCAGGAGCCAAGUCAGGACCCCAUAUUACAUUUAGUCAUUAUUCUCCUUAGACUCCUUUGACUCUGAGCCUGUCUCAGACUUUCCUACUCUUGGUGAUAUGUCCCUUCAUUGGAAUCUUACAUCUUACCGCAUGAUGAGAGUGGAGGUGUGGGUUACAGAAGGGAAGACUUCAAAACUCAGGCGGGUCUUUGGAAACUGCCUGCCACCCUUUCCACCGAAGUAUUACCUGGCGAUGACCACAUCUAUGGCUGACAAGAGGAGGGACCAGUUGGAACAAUAUUUGCAAGAUGUAACUGCAGACCCAAACGUGUUACGAAGUGAUGUCUUCGUCGAGUUUGUAAAGCUGGCACAGCUGAACACAUUUAACAUCACUGCUGAUAAAGCUUUUCUCGAUGUAUUUCUGCCUGAUGGAAGAAGCAUUAAUGUAGAAAUUCUAACAUCAGCUACUGCUGAAAGAGUCCUAGAGGUGGUGUCGUACAAACUCAGACUGAGUAGGGAGCUCUUGGGCUACUUCGGCCUCUUUCUCAUUCGAUUUCACGAGGGCAUCCUGUCUGUUGUGAAAAAGUUGGCAGAGUUUGAACUCCCUUAUGUUAGUCUUCAGAGUUCUGAAGUGGAAAACUGUAAGAUUGGACUCCGAAAGUGGUACAUGGACCCAGCCCUCGACUCUGUGCUGAUGGACUGCGGAGCGGCUGUGGAAUUGCUUUACAUGCAGGCAGUGCAAGACAUAGAAAAAGAGUGGAUCAAGCCCACACAGGCACAGAGGCAGGAAUUAGAGGCUCUUCAGAAAGAAAACAAUCGAACCAAGUUUCUGCGACUGUGCCAGGAGGUGCAGCACUAUGGGUCUGUGCGGCUGGAUCCGUGCCGCUGUGACUACCCAGAGCCGGGCUGCGGGGCCGUGCUCUCCGUCGGCAAUGAUGAGAUCAACUGCUGCAUCACCCUGCCUGACCACCAGACCCAGGAUGUCACCUUCCAGAUGAGCAGGGUGAAGUGCUGGCAGGUCACUUUUCUUGGCACUCUGCUGGAUACGGAUGGGCCCCAGCGAACUCUCAACCAGAACUUAGAACUCAGAUUUCAAUACAGCAAAGAUAGUUGCUGGCAGUGGUUUGUCAUUUACACCAAACAGGCAUUUUUGCUGAGUAGCUGCUUGAAAAAGAUGAUCUCAGAGAAGACGGCAAAGCUAGCUGCCGAGAGUCCAGAAAUGCAGAUUGAAGUUCCAGAAAGAAGCAAAAGUAAAAAAGACCACGUUCGACAAAGCAAGCAAAAAGAGUAUUCUAGUUUUCUAUCAAGAAAAAGCAAGAUUAACAGAGCUGAAGGUGACUGUGUUUUUGGAACCAUAAAGGAAGAAGAUCUUUGAAGAGAAGGCUCACCUGUAACGUCCCCUAAUCCAUCUCAGGACGGUGACAGCGUGGGGGCUGGAGCUGGGCUUCCCACCACCAGGUUCCUGACUUCCGCCUCCUACGCCUUCUGACAUUAAGAUAGACUGUACUCAUCAAGAUUCCUGUGGCUCUCUAUGUAAAUUUCCAGAUUAAAAAGAUAUAAGGACUAACAUUA